AUGAAUCGCUACGGCAUCAUCAUGUCGGAACUGGGCUUCUGUGCAGAGCUGCUGGACCCCUUCAUCUUCCAGCACGUGGAUGUCAUUGCGAGGAAGCUCUUGCCGGCAUUUUGUGAGACGUUGGACUCCUACCGCGCAUUUACCGUCCUCUACGACGCCGAGAAGGAUGGUGAUCGGGAGUUAGCCAUGCACUACGACAACGCCGAGGUCACCUUGAACGUGAACAUCGGCGGAACUUGGGAAGGUGGCCAAGUGGCGUUCUAUGGCUUGGCCACUCGGGAGGAGACCGAGGCUCUCGAGGUCUCUCUCAAACGCGGGCACGGUGUCCUGCAUGCGGGCCUGGAGCUCCACAAGGCCCAGCCGAUCACCCAGGGGCGCCGGCACAACCUGAUUAUGUGGUGCAGGUCCAGCGGAAUCCGCAAUGACCUCUGCCCGAUGUGCUUUCAAGAGCCACGGGUGCUUCCGACGAACAAGUUCUACCAUGAAGGCUUCGCGGUGCCCGGCGGAGUGUCUGCCGAUGCGACUCGAGAGAUGUCGGAAGACCUGUACGACUAG